AUGAAACGCCGCUUGAAAAGUGCAAGGCAGUAUUUAAAGACUGAUUACAAAAUCCACUUAGAAAGGGAGAGUCCUUGUCCUGACCACUGCCGACAAUUUGCCUCGAGUAGUUCCGAACCAGAAUUCCACGGAAGCCGUGCGCAUCAGCACACGGUCAACUGCUGCGAUCGAUGCGAGGAUCUUAAGAAUGUAAUAGCAGACCUGCAGUUGGCAUUUGACGCAGAAGAAGUCAAAUUCAGGUGAUUAUAUGUGUUUACAGUUGAUACCAUCUGGUUUCCUCACAACCUUCGUUUCGUUCUCGAAUGACAUGAAAAGUGUAUGCAAAUGAAGUCAACAAUAAUAAUAAUAAUAAUAAUAAUAAUAAGGACUUUAUUUAUAGAGGGGGACACGUAACAGCUGAAAAGCUGACAAACCUGUGGCCCUCUAACUAGAUUAUACAGCAUUACAAAAUAAUACUAAUAAAUAGAUAAAUAUACAAAUAAUUACAAAAUUCUAUGAUAGAAAUAGCAGGAUAUAUUAAAAAUAUUCAGAAAGAUAAAAUUAAUUUAUAAAAAAUUAAAAUUAGAUAAUGUGCUAUUGCUUAAUAUUGUUUCAAAGUUGUCCAGGUUUCUAUAUGAGCUUAUAAAAUACUUUUUUCACAGCUGUUUUGAAUAGUUUUAUACUAGGCUUAUUUUUGAUAUUAUGGGGAAGGCUGUUCCAUAACUUAACUGCGUCAACACUGAAUGCCUUGCCACCAUCGUUAUUUCUUAGGUAUUUGGGACACACUAAAUUUAAAUUGCCAUGUCUAGUAGACCUAUUGUGUACAGAACUGUUCGUCUUGAGCAAGUCUCUGAUGUAAAUCGGAACAUCGCCUUUAAGGCUCUUAAAAAUCAUUGUACACUUAUUUAGUUUGAUUUCAUCAAAAAAAAAAGGCAACCAGCCUAGUUUACUAAAGUUUAUAACACUUCUAGAAUAAGAGUCAACUCCAAGGAUUACUCGGGCAGCCCUUUUCUGUAACCUUAGGAGACAGUGGAGUUCUUUAGCGUCGCAGAUAUUCCAAACCAUGCUCCCAUACAUAAGGACGGGUUUAAUCAAGGCGUUAUAGUAUAAGAGUCUUUCUUUUAUUGGAAGGUACCUCUUUAUCUUCUUCAAUAAACCAAUACGCUGAGAAAGCUUGGCCUUUAGACUAGAAAUGUGGUCGCUAAAUGUAAGAUCUUGAUCGAGUGUUACACCAAGCAAUUUAUAAGAAGUUACUUGUUCUAUUUCGGCCCCAUCAAGGGUUAUUAACUAGCAGUCAAAGAUGACGUGAAAAAUAACUGUCAAUCUCAGUGUCAUAUCACAAAGGCAGGAACGCUUUUUUUUUUUUUUCAUCUUCUUAAACUUUUAUGAAAUGCUUGAGAACUGAACCCUCUUUAAGGUUGUAUUUACCGACUUGUUUUCAACUGGAACCAUGAAAAGGAUUUACCAAACAAUACGCUAGUUUUCAAAUCUCGGCAAAAGAAAGCAUAUUAUCUAAGUUAUAUUGUUAUACGUCUUUUAGCAGUAAAGACCAGCUGGAAGAAUUACAGUACGAUGUGGAUAACGCAGUUCCUGAUAUUGGUGGAUAG